GCUCGGGCCCCCUCUCCUCAUCAUCGCCAGCCCUCUGCCGCCUUUCUCCGCUUCCACCUUUUCUCCUCUCCCCGCCAAGUGGAGGCCCCCUCCGGGGCGGGGAGGACCGGGAGUGAAUUCCCCUAACUCCUUCACCCUCUCCCUGCACCUGGCCCCCUUGUGAGGAGAAGGCCCGGCCCUGUCCGGCCCGCGUCGUGUGUGAGGAGCACCCGGGCCAGCCCACGGUUGUCUUGGGCCUGGUCCGGCCCGCCUGGUGUGUGAAGACCAGGGCCAGGUGCGGCCUCGCCCGAGGGCGAGCCGAGGGGAGGGGUCUGGUCCGGCCCGGCUGGUGUGUGAGGACUGGGGCCCCGGCCAGGUGCCGCCACCGCUGCAAUGGCCAGCUCCCAGAAGGCCCUGAUGCUGGAGCUCAAGUCCCUGCAGGAGGAGCCGGUGGAGGGCUCCCGGAUCACCCUGGUGGAUGAGUCCGACCUCUACAACUGGGAGGUGGCCAUCUUCGGACCCCCCGACACCCUCUACGAAGGCGGCUACUUCAAGGCGCAUAUUAAAUUUCCUAUUGACUACCCAUAUUCACCACCUACCUUCAGAUUCUUGACCAAAAUGUGGCACCCCAACAUUUAUGAGAGUGGACAUGUAUGCAUUUCAAUUCUUCAUCCACCCGUAGACGACCCACAGAGUGGUCAACUGAACUCCGAAAGGUGGAAUCCUACUCAGAAUGUCAGGACUAUCCUGUUAAGUGUCAUCUCAUUGCUUAAUGAGCCCAACAUCUUCUCCGCAGCCAAUGCGGAUGCUUCAGUUAUGUUCAGGAAAUGGAGGGACAGUAAAGGAAAAGACAAAGAAUAUGCUGAAAUCAUUAGAAAACAGGUUUCAGCCACUAAAGCCGAAGCAGAAAAGGAUGGAGUGAAAGUACCCACGACCCUGGCAGAAUAUUGCAUCAAAACUAAAGUGCCUUCCAAUGACAACAGCUCAGAUUGGCUUUAUGACGACUUGUACGACCUUGACAUUGAGGAUGAAGAGGAGGAGGAGGAGGAAGAUGCUGACUGUGAUGACCAUGAUGAUUCUGGGAAUGAGGAGUCAUGACCUGCUCCUUCGAAGCCCCUGUACUGCCCUGCCAUCUCAGGCCAAAGGGAGAGGAGCAAGUGGGGACCUAGCAGUGGCCCCUCAGCAAAACCCUAUCUCGGGGUGGGGAAAACAAACAUGGCUCCUGCUGACUCCCCUUGUGGAUCUCAGUUGGCUCCUUUUUAUGGACCUCUUAAUGGAGGGAAGGUAAUUGUGAACGAAAGGGGCCACAUGCUGACCUGACAAGCUCAGGGGAGGCCUGCAUGGCAGUCUGAGAGACCUAAAGUAACCACAAAGGAUGGUCUGAAAUUAAACUUUAACUCAGAGCAGUUAUGGUGGGCAGUUACGUCCUAGACCGGUAUCUUCACUGACAAGGUCAACCUUUACCUUAACUGAGCCUAUCUGUCUUUUUGCAUCUAUGAUAACACACGGUUGAAAUGUCUGGGUAACUUGUAACUUCUCUUUUUCUGGAGCCCCUGGGGCAUAACCAAAUGUGCUGGGCACUAGGACAGAUACCACAAAUUCCUUCAUUGUUAUGUUAAUUGAUCCUGCACCCACCUAAGUAUGUGUCCAUCAUUUUACUUUUAUCCAAUCCCAGGGGUUUCCCUGCUUUGCUUUAUCCCUCCUCCUUAAUCUAUCACCAAUGAAUUUCAUGUAACCCACUUAUGUCCCUCCUUUGAUUGCAAAUGUAUAAAUACGGAUGUAACCCUGCCAUUCUCCGGAGCAUUAUCUCAACUCCUUGAGGUUCUGCUUCCUGGCAUAUGUCGACAGUUUGGCUCAAAUAAACUCACAAAAAUUCUAAAAAAAUAAAAUAAAAUAAAAAAUAAAAAAAUCAGAACUUGGCUGGAGAUUGUGGCUAGAACCUG